UUCACGCGAAAUAUACACACUUCAAAAAUUAACAGAAGCUUGGAAUCCACAUUGACAUUGACAAGUGACUCAGGCCGACUCCCAUUUAUAAAUACUCGUAGUGGAUGAUAUCUUUGACUGAAAAACUGAUCCAUUAAUUACAACUCAGAUAAGCCGAAGAGUUCUGGCUAUAUAAAAGGUCGAACUGCCCACUCUUUUACGAUUAGUUGGUACUUGAACUCUGGAAGUGUGGGAUUAUCUUCAACAUGUUGGCCGCAUCACUUUGUGUCAUUCUGCUGUUUCAAGUCAACUCAAUUUCUGGCCAAAUCUAUCAAAUCAAUAAAAUAAACUUGAACGACAACGUUCAGGCCAUAAACCCAUAUGGGAGCCACGUGCAGAUCUUCGACUCGACCGAUCAUGGCCGCCCUUAUCCGUGGUGGUGGGAGAUGGUGAAGAAUCUUACCAUACAAUCAAACACAACCACCCAGGCCGUGCAAGUGAUCAGUCCCUGGGGCAAUGGCAGUGGCAUCUUUCAGCUGAACACGAUACCCACUCAGAGCAACGUAAACACACCGCUGCGCACGCUCUUAAAGAACUGGUUCUUCCGACAACCAGCACAACCCAACAUCCAAGUGCUGACCCUCGGGGGUCGAGCCCUAGCUGAAAAACAAUACCUGCAUGAAUUGAACCCAACUCACGUGCUGCUGCCACGGAGGCGGGCGACUGCAGGAAGGCGGCAUCAGCAGCGUCGCAUUCUGAUGCGGAAUCUUAGAUCCGGUGAGGUCAUGCUGAUGAACACCCAAACCCUAAGAAUGCCAUUUUACGAGGACGACUGGGAUAUCGAGACCAGUUACUCUGGCUGA